AUGAAUCUUGGACCAUUAAGAUCAAGAGGGAGAGGAAGCUCGAUUUCUCUUGAUAAACUCAUUGAAUGCAGGAAAAACCUCUCAAAACCAUCACCACGACUCUGGCCAGACGAUCCUCGACCUCCAACAACGCACCUCGACGAAACAGGACGAUCCGUUAUUGAGAUUCAUCAUCAUCCGUUGAUACAAAAGCUUGAAUCUUUAAGAUCUAUGAACGAAUUCGAUCAAGUCUAUGCCCAGAUUGUAGUCUCUGGACUCCUUCAACACUCUCUUGUAUCAGGACGAGUGAUUAAAAAGCUCUGCACUUGUUUUGAUUCGGUUUCACGAGCUGUCUCAGUUUUCGAUUCCAUCGAUGAACCCGACGCGUUUUUGGGCAACACUAUUUUGAGGUGUUACUUCGAUUUGAAGCUACCUUUGGUCGCGUUGAGGUUUUACUACGAGAAAAUGGUGGCGAGAUGCGUUUUGCAGAACCAUUACACGUUUCCGUUGAUGGCAAAGGUUUGUGCGGAGAUUGGGUAUGUGAAAGAUGGGGAAAAGAUUCAUGCUUUGGUUUCGAAGCUAGGGUUUGAUUUAGAUUUGUUUGUGAGGAACUCGUUGAUUCAUAUGUACUCUGUUUGUGGACGGAUACGAGAUGCACACAAGGUGUUCGAUGGUGGGUACUUGUUGGAUUUGGUUAGUUGCAAUCUGAUGAUUGAUGGGUAUGUGAAGAAUGGUCAAGUGAAUGUUGCGCGAGAGUUGUUCGAUGAAAUGCCUGAGAGAGAUGUUUUCAGCUGGAACUCUAUGCUUUCCGGAUACGCGAGAGCUCGGGAUAUGGAAAAAGCGCGGUGUAUAUUCGAGAGCAUGCCUGCACCAGACGCGGUUUCUUGGAACUGCAUGAUCGAUGGUUACGCGGCGGUGGGAGAUGUUACGUUGGCACGUGAGUUUUUCGAUAGAAUGCCGAGAAGAAACGUCGUUUCUUGGAAUACAAUCUUGGCUCUCUAUGUCAGGAACAAGAAUUACAUAGAAAGUCUUGAAAUUUUCGAGGUAAUGAUGGAUAAAGGAGAUGGCUUGAAGCCGAACAAAGCGUCUCUUAUGAGCGUCUUGACGGCUUGUGCAAAUUUAGGCAAGAUCGAUACAGGGAAGAGGAUCCAUUCAUAUGUAACAAGCAACGGUAUUAAACCUGAUACGCUUCUCUCGACCGCUCUGCUUACAAUGUAUGCUAAAUGCGGUGAAAUGGAUAUGGCUAGAGAGGUCUUUGAUGGGAUGAGAGAGAGAAGCAUCGUGUCGUGGAACUCGAUGAUCAUGGGAUAUGGCAUGCAAGGACAUGGAGAAAAGGUAGUAGAGAUGCUUGUAGAUUUGGAAAAGCAGGGAAACGUUGAUCCGAACGGUGCUACUUUGGUUUGUGUUUUGUCUGCUUGUGCAAAUGCUGGGAUGGUUCUUGAAGGUUGGUGGGUAUAUGAUCGAUUAACACGAAUCUAUAACGUUGAACCCAAAUUAGAGCACCAUGGCUGCUUGGUGAAUCUCCUUGGCUUAGUAGGUUUGACCAAAGACUCGGUAGAGGUUAGAAAGGAGUCUCAGUCUGUUAUUUGGACACUCGAAAAUCCUGACAUUGGAGAAAUCUUGGCGAAGCGGCUCAUGAGAUUGCAACCAAGUGAUGUAGGACCAUAUGUGUUACUAUCGUAUGUAUAUGCUGUUGAUGGAAAGUGGGAGGAAGUGGGGAGAGUGAGAAGGAUGAUGAUGGAUGAGAACAAACUUUGUAACAUAAGUAAUGGAAGUAGUAAUUCAAGAAGAUGCAUGACAACGAUUGUGUACUCGAUGUUGUGUGAGAUUGGCUUCGAACUGAAGAUUUCAUUGCAAUGUAAGCGAGAAGAUGGUAAAGUUAUGAUCUAA